CAAACCAGCUACGAGAACGUAUUCCGCUGAGUUGAUGUUAUUGCAAUAGUUUAAAAUGUCUGCUUUGUAUUUUAUUGCUGUGUUAGCCGUCAACUUAUUUCUGUCGUUUGGCCUUAAAGUUGGCAUGACCAGAGAACACUUUUACCAUGGGAAAAGUUUAUUUUGUGCACAACUCCAGUGUACAGAAAACAUAACAGAAGACACUCAGAUGUCAGCUCUUGUCAACAUGUCAGUCUAUAGGAUCAGUGAAUCUGAAGGGAAGAUUUUGUUGGCGUCUAUUUCAGGAUCUGAUUCAAAGGUUCGCGAUUAUAAAAUAUCUGGGAUAUUAUCUGAGGGCAAACUAUCCAAACAUCACGGAGAACUGGUCUUGUCUUUCUCCAAUACUUCAGCCUGUAAUUUACACCAGUAUAAAUGUCAAGUAUAUUUUACCAAUAAGACAGGAGACACGGGAAUGCUAGAGAACAGAACAACGUCUUAUGAAAGAGAGAAAAUCAAGAAAUCUGUUUUGUUGCUGAAUUUGAAAGCUGAAACUUUGAACUACGUGAAAACUGUGGACACAAUGGCCGACUUUAUGAAAUCGUUUGAAGAUCCAGAAAAACUAAAAGGUGCAGACGUGUCAAUGUCCUUACAGAUGUCACAUUCUGGUAGAGAUGGGUACAGUGACCACACGGCUCAGAUUCCAUCAUCUACAGAGUUAAACAACAGUAACAAACACAUCAGCUCUACUAAUGCUAUAGACGUGCUUGAUGCUAAGAUAAAUAACAUCACAGAACAAAUGCAAACAGUGAAUGACAAACUUAGAGCAAUAGACGUGGUUGAUGCUAAGAUAAAUAACAUCACAAAACACAUGCAAACAGUGAAUGCCAGAAUUAGAGCAAUAGACGUGGUUGAUGCUAAGAUAAAUAACAUCACAAAACACAUGCAAACAGUGAAUGCCAGAAUUAGAGCAAUAGACGUGGUUGAUGCUAAGAUAAAUAACAUCACAAAACACAUGCAAACAGUGAAUGCCAGAAUUAGAGCAAUAGACGUGGUUGAUGCUAAGAUAAAUAAUAUUACAGAACACAUGCAAACAGUGAAUGACAAACUUAGAGCAAUGGACGUAAAGCUUAACGAGUCCAUCACAAGGAACAACCAAACAAACCUUAUGAUAGAAGCUUUAAUCACAACUGUACAAGAGAUGAAAAACAAUUACAACGUCAAUCCUGCGUUGUCACUGAUGACACAUCAGUGUAAAAAGAACGACAAAACUGAUGUACCAGAACGAACGACCGUCAGACUUGAUCGAGAUAAAUUUGCUUUGUGCGACACAAAAACUGACGGUGGAGGUUGGAUCAUUUUUCAGAGACGUGUUUUGGGUGAUGUCGAUUUUACGAGAGGUUGGAACGACUAUAAACAUGGAUUUGGUUCAUUGGGUGGAGAUUUCUGGCUUGGGAAUGACUGGAUCUCUAACCUGACUUUGAUGGGGUACAAUGAACUGAGAAUCGACAUGACUAAAAAAGGUAUAAAGUACUACGCUCAUUACGAUUUUUUCAAGGUAGACAACGAAGCAGCGUCGUAUAAAAUAUACAUGUCGUCAUUCAGUGGAAAUGUUAAAGACAAACUAAACAAUCAUCGUGGUAUGAAGUUUUCUACAUUCGACAGGGACAAUGAUAUAGACCGCAGAGAUUGUGCUAGAGAGCAUAAAGGUGGUUGGUGGUAUGCGAACUGUAAAUAUGUAGAUUUAAAUGGUGUCUGGGGUACAACAGCCUCUGCUAUAGGAAUAUACUGGCCUGGGCAAUCAAGUGAUGGAGAUAUCGCAGAAUUUGUUGAGAUGAAAGUACGUCAAGUGUAA